AUGUCUCCGAGGACUCUUCAAGAAAUCACAACGUCGACCAACACAGACCUUUCUCUUUGUUCAUAUGGCGAGGGUCAGGGGUCCAAGUUUAUUCGGAAAGCUAAAGAGACACCGUUUGUCCCCAUUGGAAUGGUAGGAUUUGCAGCAAUUAUUGCGUUUGAGUUAUACAAACUGAAGAGCAGGGGAAGUACGAAGAAGUCCAUUCACUUGAUCCACGUGCGCCUGGCUGCCCUGGGCUUUGUUGUGGGGACCAUGACUCUCCGUAUGGCCUAUUCCAUGUAUCAAAAAUUCUGGGCCAAGAGCAGGCCUUAG